AUGAGCAUGUUCAGACGAAAACUGAAAGCCUUGGGAUAUCAUAACCCGGAAACUUUUCAAGUAAACAGUAAGUAAACUGUAGUCAAUGUGAAAAUAUUUACAAGAAAAAAUUUUUGAUUUAUCGGCCCGAUAGUUUUGUACAAGUACAAUACCAUACAACGCUUCUGUAGAAGUUGGGCACGUCAUCUCAUAUCAACGUGGCGUCAUGUAAAUGUCUUGUUUAACCUUCAGAUGAAGAUGAAUUCAGAAACCUUGUUGUGUGGCUGGAAGACCUGAAAAUUCGAUAUUACAGAAUAGAAGAGCGAGAAGAACUCAGAGAUACAAAAAAGAAUGAAUGGACAAAAACUUUUAAAAAGGUGAAUAUUUCCGACCAAACCGGAUAGAACAGUUUCCGUAGUGAAAUAAAGAGGUUUGAUGGAAAUUUUGCUCGGAAAGUGAAUGCUUAUUCAUGUCUUUGUCCUUUGAGUAGUCCAGAAGAAUUGUAAGCUCGAGUGAAGUUACACGUGGAACAAAUAAUAAUUAUUAGAUACAUAAUUUAUUGUUUUUUGUUUCUUUUUUACGGUCAAACGGACAAGAAACUUAGAGGCGGUUUAAGGUUAAGCACAUGUUACCCAUUGAAACUUAAGAAAAAGGUUAUUAUCUGGGAAAAUUAGGAGAAAUUAUUUUGCAGUAGUCACAGUAUGGGAAAUAUCCCAAGAUGGAUGGCCUUGUGUGGUCUCAGGCUGUCUUCAGGUAUCAAUUUCCAGACUAUUUUACCCACUUGAAAAACAACCUAAUUACCUCUUAACCUGCAGUGCCAAGUGCAUCUUAGUAGGGAAAGCAAGUUUAAGUGCUGUAAGCUAGGGGUUGUUUGCUGGACCUCCAUGUUUCAGUUUAGUUGAAGAUUAGAAGGACAAUGGGGAAAGAGAGAACACUGAGGAAAGAGAAAAAAUUUUCCAUUCCUCACCACUCCCCUCUCCUUCAUCUUGCUUAAUGUCCAACCUCAUGGUUGAAUUUUUUCUUUCUCUAGCUUUCCUCUGCUUUAAAAACCUAAGACGGUAGCCAUACUUUUCACAAAGAAAUACUUGGUUCUUGCUUGCCUAAUAAUUGAUUGCCCCAUGGGCUGUUAAUACUUUGAUCCCACAUUUUAUUUUUGCUCUCCUAUAGCUGGGCUUAUUGGCUUGAUAUUAGACAAGGUCAUCAUUUUUUUCUCUAAAAAUGGUGCUGAUGCUUACUGAACUUGGGACUGAAAAGAAUUUAAAUUUAUUAAUUUUUUUUUUCAGUAUUUAGAUGAUCUGCAAUGCCCUUUGGAUUUUUCACAAAAGCUCAGUGUAGUUGACUGGUUACUGUCUCAUGCUGUGAGAGUUGAAUAUGCCGAGAAUGGUUGGUAGUACUUAAGUCACUCUUCUUUUGUUAUUAAUAGGUUCUUCAUAGCCAUAAGUUAACAUCUUCUUUCCUCUAGCUCAUUCCCAAUCGCCAUGAAGUGUAUGUACAAUGUCAUAAUGCCUUCUAUGCGUAUAUGCAUGUGAUAAGCUUAACCCCUACACCCUAACAUCAGUUUGUAUAUUCUCCAUACUGUUCUCUAUACAUUUCCCAAGGUACUCACAUGGAGAAUUUGUUUAACAAUCAAGAGCUUCUUUACUUGAUGAUCAUUUCCUUUAUUCCUGUGACCUAAAUAUGCAAUUCUGAGGUGAUCAUGUAAAGAGAAAUUAGAUGCUUGUCACUCUUAGGGUUAUAAGGUUAACAAAGGAAAAAUAAAAAUUGCAAUGAUUUGCAGAUGAUGUGGUAGCAGAAGGUUAUAAGGGCUGGAUCAUGGGUCAAGAGUUCUGAGCUGGGUUGUUCAAAGCUGGUUAAAGAUAACCCAAGGCUAGAGUGAAAAAUUAGAUUUGAAAGUUUCAAGAGAAAAUUCAUUCCAAUACCAUUCCUUUUGUCUAUAAUUUGAUGAUUGGAUGUAUAGGCCUGUAGCCUAAACCCUUCAACUCCCAAGAUCUCAUUAGUAAUUCUUCUUACUGUCUGCCCAGAAGUUCAUGUGAUGCUAUUUAGAGAAUUUGGUAUUGGAUCAACCAAUAACCCCCUAAACUGAUAUUUUUCUUUAUUCUCAUCAUUUCUCUGCUUGAUAUUGUAAUGAUAUUGUAAGAAGAAACUCUUUCUUGGUCACUCAUGGGAGUUAAAGGGUUAAGGACAAACUCCUUUUUUCUUUACUCUUUUCUAGCUGAAAUGUACAAUGCAGUUGGUCAAACUGUCAAGAAAGAAGAGGUUGAAUUAGUAGGAGAGAGUUCACUUGAUGACAGCUUGAUUAAUUUGACUGGUAUGAAUAUUUCUGUUGAUUUUAUUCUAUAGAAACUAUACAUUCUGCACAUGGAUGCUCAUAUUCAAAGUCUAUGGUUUGGGAAAACAGAUUUAAAAUGCAUGUAACAUGGCCGUCAGAGUUAAAUUAAGUGAAAGUGUAAACAAUAACAUUUGCAAAAAAGAACUAAGAAAUUGUCCAGAGAUUGAAUGAGGACUUGACCCCACCCAUACCCUUCCCUCCUUCCUCAUCUUGCAUACCUUUGGUUGUGUCUAUUCUUUAGUCAGUAAUUUGGCUGUGUUAUGAGCAUGUGAGCCUUGAUUGACAGUGUAUUGUAAUUAUAGUGUUCACCUCCUGCAACUGCAGCCUGGCUUUGAUUCCAGGGCCAGGCAUCCUGUAUGGGUCAAGUUUGUGAUUGGUUCUUGUCCUUGCUCCGAUGGUUUUUCUGGGUAUUCUCCAGUUUUCCUCCCUUUGCGAAAACCAUCAGUGUCAUAGUCAUUAUUGUUUUCAUUAUCAUCAUCAUCAUAGUCGUAAUAGCAAAAAAAUUUCUUUGAUGUCAGCUGUGCAAUUCACACAAGUAGGUCAUGGGUGACAACCAAUCAUGAGGUGCAUAUCCAUAACAAACUGCUAAUACCCAAGUUGCAAAAGGAGGCUAGCUGCACUGGAACUGAAAUUGCAAUCGCACCUCAAGGUGCUAGAACACCCCACUGACCUGCCAAACCUACAACUAGGCCCAAGGCCCCCCACCCUAAGCCCCCCUUAUGAGCACGUGUCUCACUAAAGCCAGAUGGCUUAGUAGAAGGGAAAAAUAAAGUGAAAUAAAAUGACUGAAUAAAUAAAUAAAAAAUAAAUUAGUUAAUAGAUAUAAACCCUCAGCCAAGAAACCUUGCAGUCAAAUAUGCAUGCACUGAUAAGGAAUAUUGCAGGACAAGGAAUGAAUGCAACACAUGCUGUAUGAAUGCUAACAGAUGGCUAAGACGCUAACAGAACGUCUGAAAAACACUACCGACCAGUUUUGCUCCUAGUGGUUUACUAUAUAUGACAGUCAGUCUCAAGAUUCAAAUAUGGACACUAUAAAUGUAUGAAGCUAAUGUACCAUUUUAUUCUUUAAUUAUAGUAGAUAAUCCAGAUCUUAAAGCUGGGGUAGCGUCUUUGUCAAGACUUCUUAGCCUACCAGAACACCCUGAUCAUUUUGUUUUACUACAGGUAAGUGUGAGAGUUUUUAUUAGGUCAUCUCACCCCACAGCUGGUAUUUGGCAGAUAUGACAACUAAGUUAAUGGAGAAAGAUGUUACUGAAUGUCCCACUUAGCGAAGUAUUUUGAAAAUUUAACCGAGCCAGAUUUUGACCGCACGAGCCAAUUGUUUCUUUUCUGUUCUUUUUUUUUUAUUUUUUUAUUAAUUUUUUUGGCUUUUAUCAUGGCAGGCUAUCCGCUCACUUAUUGAAGGCAAGCUAUCAUCAUUCGCCUCCAAGACUAAGAAAAAAUCGGCAAGUAGCUUGAGAUUAUUUUUUAGGCAAAACUUAUUCUUAAUAAAUAGAUAUUUUGAAACAAAGAAAUCAAUUGUUUUAAGUGAAGGAGUGAUACAUGCACUGCACUGAAACUGUUUCAUUUUAACAUAAAGAAGUUUUUAGUGGGGGCAAGUCAAAGAUGAUCAUCAGAGCGAGCAUGCUAUAAAUAGGUUAGCCCCACCCCGUGGUUUUUAGCUCAAAUGAAAAUUAUGCUGUGCUAAUGUUAUACAAUGGCAAAGCGAAUCAUUUUGAACUUCAAAUUUACCGCCACAAAUGAUGGACAGACACUUAGGUCAACUCUAACUUUGAAAUUUGUUAAUGGUUUUGUUAGUUUAACACUUUUAAUAUUUAGCGGAAUAAAAAAAAUCUUGUAUACUGGUGCUAUUGAAUUGUUGAAUCAUUUAUUUAUUUGAUAUUGGGUGUCAUUCUGUCAUAGAAUCAAAACACUGAAGAUGUAAUUCCUCUCCACAAAGUUGACUUGGGAUUUGACACAGGAGGUUUGUGUUUCCUAAUAUUCCCAGCGUCUGCGUUUAUCGUAUUUUGGGGCGCAAAGUCGGCCUUUAAUCCAGCCUUUCGUUGCAGUAGAGAAGAAGGGAAAUCGCUCGUUCGAAACUUGAUCACACUUCAAUUCCGUUUCAGGUAUUUCGGCGUGAAUAGAUUUUUUCGGUCGGCGGAGUAUUUUUUUAGUAAGCUUGUCAUCAACUCGCUGUGUUAAAACUAAGUUUUUUUUUUUUUAACUAAACCCGAUCCUCUGUUUUUAAUUAAUUUACUGUCUCAGACAAAACAGAUUGUGUUACUGUUCUUUGUAUUUUAGUCUACGGAGGAAAUUGUCCUUAAAUAUCGAUUACUCUAGUGCGAUUUUUAGAUUUGCCCAUCCGUAUGAAACCCACGUGUAUGUCAAGUGCAGUCAAGGUUGCCAUAGUCAUACAAAACAACGAACCAUCAAUAAUAAUUUCACUUCAUGACAAUCCUAAAUAGACCUACAAUUUAAAGUGGAAGAACUCUGUAAGAAGGGACAAUGCUUUUAGAAUCGUCACGCGGUAUUAUCAACUCCGUUGGUAACGUUAAUUGGCCACCGUUAAGAGUUUCCGAACUAACGUUUCGAGCGUCAGCCCUUCGCCCUUACUCUGACGAAGGGCUAACGCUCGGAACGUCAGCUUUGAAACUCUUUACAGUGGCCAAUUUACGUUAUCAACUCAGUUGAUAAUACCAAAUUACCUUGUUAUACUCUUCCACAGACGCAGCACUACAGUUUCUUCAGAAACUUUACCCCUUUAUCAAGUUGACUCUCGGGCGACUUGACCGGUUAUCGUCGGACCGGCACGGUACACGGUAAAAUUGUAGCGUUUUGCUAAUGUUCUACUCUCUAUGCUUUUUAUUUCAGACUCUGCAGUUAACGAGGCCGCCAAAAUAAUCAGGUUAUUGCACGUCACAGAAUUACGAGAUCUCCAAACGCGGAUUAACGAGGCCAUAGUAGCAGUUCAGGCCAUUACAGCUAAUCCUAAAACAGAUCAAUCACUCGGGCGAAUUGGCGUGUGAUAAGUUGGUUUAUUGUGGAGCACUGAGUACCAAUCAGGGGCUGAUAGGGCUUCGUGCCCUCUUAUCCAGGGUCUUACCUACUGCUUUAUCCUUGUCGCGCAAGAGAGAACUUGGAUUCUCUCUGAUUCUCGGAGAAACCGUAGCUUGGUUAAGUCCGAAUCUAACGCGUAUGAAAAUAAAUCACCCAUCAUAACUGUUG